UGCCUGUCAUGUCUGUUGGGUGUAUUAGUUUCAAUGAUGCCGUGGCUGGUCCGCGGGAAGCCGUGCUAUAAUUGAGUUCACUUCCCCAAUUCCACUUCAUUUCACUUCUUUCUCUUCAUACUCAGCUUCAACCAUAUCCCUGCAACAUGCCGCUCCCCUGGGAGAUUCAGGCCCAGAAAGCCAAAAACAUCCUCGCCAACUCCAUUCCUCAACAAUGGCUCAUCCCCGCAGACAAGCUGCCUCCAGCAGACGAGAAGAACGUCGAGGACUUCCCGCGCAAGAGCGGGCUGUUCUCGGAGCACGAGCUGGCCAUCACUGAGAUGUCCGCCACGGAUUUAGUGCGUGACAUGGGCUCCGGAAAGCUCACGGCCGAGGAGGUGGUCAAGGCAUUCUUGAAGCGUGCCGUGGUGGGACACCAAUUGCUCAACUUUGCAACGGAAUUCCUGGCAGACAGAGCGAUCUCGCGAGCCAGAGAGCUGGAUCAAUACUUCAAGGAUACUGGGAAGCUGGUUGGUCCGCUGCACGGAGUUCCAAUCAGCGUCAAGGAGCACAUCGGGAUCAAAGACCUGACCUGCAACGGCGGCUAUGUGGCCUGGGUCGAUGAUAUUGCCACCGAGGAUGCGCUUCUCUUACAAUGCCUCCAAAAAGCCGGCGCUGUGUUUCACGUCCGCACAAAUCAACCGCAAUCCCUCAUGCAUCUCUGCUGCAGUAACAACUUGACUGGCACGACACUUAACCCAUACAACCGCACGCUCAGCCCGGGCGGGUCCUCGGGGGGGGAGGGCGCAUCCACGGGGUUCAAGUGUGCCCCUUUGGGCGUCGGCACAGACAUCGGUGGCUCGAUCCGCUGUCCCGCUGCAUUCUGCGGCUCGUAUGGUUUCCGUCCGACGGCCCUUCGCAAUCCAAUGCUAGGCAUCAAGGCACCGGAGCCGGGCCAAGAAGCGAUCCGCGGCGUUGUUGGCCCUCUUGCCAGUCAGAAUGUCGCGGAUCUCGAACUAUUUCAGCGGGCCGUUCUCGAUCAAGAACCCUGGGAGAUUGAUACAUCGCUGCCCCCAGUGCCCUGGCGACGCGUGCAGCCUACCAAGGAGAUGACUGUCGGGAUCAUGUGGGAUGACGGUAUUGCUCACCCCCAUCCUCCAGUCACCCGAGCACUCAAGCACGCCAGAUCCAAGCUUGAAGCAGCCGGCGUCAAAGUCGUGGAUUGGGAACCCUACAAGCACGACCACGGCUGGGACAUCAUCUCCAAAAUGUACUUCCCCGACGCAGCCCUCCUCAACCGCAGCAUGAUCACCGCCUCGGGCGAACCCACCCUCCCUCUGACCUCGUGGGCUUUUAAGUAUAGCCAACCUAAUCCCCUCACAAUUGCGGAAACCUGGACCCUGAACACCCAGCGCGAUAUCUACCGUGACGAAUACCAAGCUCUGAUGCGGUCCCGCGGAGUAGACUUCAUUCUCUGCCCGGCGUACGUUGGCGUCGCCGCCGUGAUGGGCGAGAGCCACUACUGGAAUUACACGGCCAUCUGGAACAUUCUGGAUCAACCAGCUGUAGUUUUUCCAAGCGGGCUGUCUGUAGGGAACGAUGAGCUCGAGGAUACAGAAGAGGGAUACGAACCGAGACUGAACGGUGUGGAUGAGCGGGAAUGGAUGAAGUGGAAGGUUACCGGAGCGAAACGGUAUGAGGGCGCACCGGUGGGGUUACAGUUAGUUGGAAAGCAUUUCAGAGACGAGGAGACGUUGGCAGCAGCGAGGUUCGUGAGUGAAGUUCUGCUGCCUGGUAGUUGAGACAUUCAUGUAAUAUGCUGGAUUGUUGCUGGCUAGUUAUUGGUUAGUGCUAUAAACAAAUCCUAU